UUGGAUUGGGUUGAUAGAGCCUCGACUGUGGGACCUCAUCGACUGGUCGCGUCAUCUAUCAACCAUCAAUCAUCUAAAACAUCCUGAACACCCACAUCCAUCGCCAACAAUGGGUUCCUCGGACAUUGCUCCGGCUACAGCGCCUAAUUGGCUUGUUCCAGCUUCCACAGCCUGCCUCGGCGCCGGAAUCGCCUUCUGGCUGGCGGCCUACGUCUUCAUGAUCCGUCGUUCCCUGGCCACCAAAGCGACACCCGCGCCUCUGCUCGCUCUCGCGCUCAACCUCUCCUGGGAGGUUGUCUACGCGUUUGGAGUAUGCGAAGCGCCGAUAGAGUUCUUCGGCUUCACACUUUGGCUACUUCUCGACAUCCCGGUGCUGUAUGUCACGCUCAAGACGGCUCCUCGCUCGUUCGCAUCGUCGCCUCUCAUCGCAAGGAACAUCCCAUUGCUACUAGGCAUCAUGUUCUUGUUUGGUCUGGUCGGCAACGCACUAUUCGUCUGGUGGUGGCUGAAGGAGCCGCACCGCGGCUACGGCAUCAAAUGGGGCAAGACGUGGAAGGGCCGCGAAGCGCGCGACACUACCGAGUUGGCCUUUUGGUCGGCUGGCGUGGCGCAAAUGACCUUCAGCAUCAGCGCCCUGGCUAUGCUCCUCCAGCGAGGACACUCAGGCGGACAAAGCUAUGCAAUUUGGUUUUGUCGAUUCGUUGGCACUCUCAUGGGACUUCCCGUGACUACUGUCUUGUUGUGGUGGUAUUGGCCGGAGGCUCAUGGCUUUGUACUCCAUCCUCUUGGCGUCUUCAUCAUCGGUACAGCAACUUGUUGUGACAUUGCCUACCCGUUUGUGUUGGCACACGUUCGAUCAACGGAGCGGAUCCUCCCCGACGGAACUGUGGUGGCUGGGGAAGAGAAUGCCAACGACAAGAAGCGCCAGUAAGCCAUUGAAUGGAUGCGCCAUGCAGGGGCGACACACCUGAAUGGGAUGAGUAUGGGUACACACACCUGUCAGAACUCAAAUGGAACCAGUCUUUGUUGAGCAGUGAUAAUUGAUAUGGGAAACGGUAGUCGGCAUAACCAACUGCCGUCUCACGUCAAGACGCGAAGCAACGACGAAAAUGUUACAAACAGAGUCACAUAAAAAAGCAACGCCGGCGGGGCCAGACCAACAAUUAGCGGCGGCCGCUCAAGGGUGAUGUGCAUGGCAUGUUGGUUGUUGGUUGAUGCUGGACUGCCGAUGCAACGCAAUCCAGGCACCCAGUAGCGGGAUCGUGAUCUCACGAACAAGGCAAGGCCUAGGCGCAA